AAAAGGUAUUGCAUAUUUGUUACUCGCUUUUCUUUAGGCAAAUCAUAAGAGAACGGAACCUUCAUUUUCUGUCUUGGCGUCUUCCAAAAGAAUAAAUGCAACGAACCAUCAUGACUCUUCGAUUCCAGACUCUUUUUCAUAUAACGGCAUGUAUAUACAGAAGAAACAAAUAAAGAAAGUGCUGCAAUUUCGUCCAUAUGACUACAAAACCCAAGAGUAUAUGUCUGAAAAUGGAUACAAAGCUGUAUUUGAAUUAGUAGCAGGAGAGGGUCGGCUGAUGACAUCGGUUUUCAAUCACCUCUUAAAGAAAUGGAAGCGGCUAGCAGAGAGUUCCCAUGAACUUUGCCUGCGGUCACCUGCAGACCUUGCUUUUGUUUACUCUCACAGCUGUGAGAAGCAAACUGUUGCUGAAUUCUGCAAAUCGAGCACUGAACUUAUCGUGGUUGAAUAUAUGUGGGAAGACUACCAAACGGAUAUUGAUUUGGACUUUGAGAAUGAUGAUGAGACUCUUCAGAUCCGAAAUGAAGAGAACAUCUCAUUGAGUUCAAACAGUACAUUACCGGAUUAUUCUGAGGACAGCCUUACAGCUGAAGAAAAGAAGUUUAACAUUUCCCUCCCCUCUCUCUAUUUGUAAUAUGUAAUAUAUUUAUAUUUAUAUAUUAUUAUUGUACUCUUGCUUUUAUACCGAAUAACA